AUGCCACGGGCCCCAGAGGCCCCCACGGUGCAGGUGCAGGUGCGGGUGCGGGUGGACGACCAGCUCUUCCAGGCCGAGCGGGCCCUGCUGGUGGAGCACUGCGGCUUCUUCCGCGGUCUCUUCCGCUCCGGCAUGCUGGAGACGCGCGCGGCCGAGGUGCGCCUGGGCGCGCUGAGCGCCGCCGGCUUCCACACCACGCUGCAGGUGCUGCGCGGCGAGCGGCCGGCGCUGGUGGCCGACGAGGAGCUGCUGCAGGCCGUGGAGUGCGCCGCCUUUCUGCAGGCGCCGGCGCUGGCGCGCUUCCUCGAGUACAGCCUCACGUCGGACAACUGCGCGCUGCUGUGCGACGCGGCCGCAGUCUUCGGCCUGCAGGACGUGUUCCACAGCGCCGCGCUCUUCAUCCGCGAUGGCGGGCGCGAGCUGGCGGCCGAGCUGGCGUUGCCCGAGGCCCGCGCCUACGUGGCGGCGCUGCGUCCCAGCAGCUACGUGGCCGUGAGCACGCACACGCCGGCGCCGGGCUUCCUGGAGGACGCGUCCCGCACGGUGUGCUACCUGGACGAGGAGGAGGACGCGUGGCGCACGCUGGCCGCGCUGCCCCUGGAGGCCAGCACACUGCUGGCGGGCGUAGCCACGCUGGGCAACAAGCUGUACAUCGUGGGCGGCGUGCGGGGUGCCAGCAAGGAGGUGGUGGAGCUGGGCUUCUGCUAUGACCCCGAGGGAGGCACGUGGCGCGAGUUUCCCAGCCCGCACCAGCCGCGCUAUGACAUGGCGCUGGCCGGCUUCGACGGCCGUCUCUAUGCCAUCGGUGGCGAGUUCCAGAGGACGCCCAUGAGCUCUGUGGAGAGCUAUGACCCAGCCGUGGGCUGCUGGAGCUUCGUGGCCGACCUGCCCCAGCCAGCUGCGGGAGUGCCCUGCGCCCAGGCGCGUGGCCGCCUCUUCGUGUGUCUGUGGCGGCCAGCCGACACCACAGCUGUGGUGGAGUACGCUGUGAAGGCAGACACGUGGCUGCCAGUGGCCGAGCUGCGGCGUCCGCAGAGCUACGGUCACUGCAUGGUGGCCCACCGCGACAGCCUCUACGUGGUGCGCAACGGACCUAAAGACGACUUCCUCCACUGCGCCAUCGACUGCCUCAACUUGGCUACGGGCCAGUGGACCGCACUGCCUGGCCAGUUUGUCAACAGCAAGGGAGCGCUCUUCACUGCAGUGGUGCGCGGCGACACAGUCUAUACGGUCAAUCGCAUGUUUACAUUGCUCUAUGCCAUCGAGGGUGGCACCUGGAGGCUGCUCAGGGAGAAGGCCGGCUUCCCACGGCCGGGGUCCUUGCAGACCUUCCUCCUUAGGCUUCCUCCUGGCACUCCGGGGCCUGUGGCCCCAACAACACCAGAACUGUGAUCCUGAGUUGGCCUUUAGGAGGGGAUAUCCCGAGUCUUCGCUGAGCCAUGGCUGAGUCUAUAAGGCUGGCCUUUGAAGAUCCUUGGAACUUCUGUCUCCCUGGUUGAGACAUGCAGGUCUUGGGCCUUGUGAU